GCAGGGAAAGAGACCGGGUGUCACAAACAGACAGUCACACACAGACCUUCACCACUUUCACAAUGGAGUCCCAAACCCUGCUGGCCCUGUGCUUUCUGGUGCCCUUUUUAUGGCAGGUACAUUGUACAGAAGUUCAAGAUGAGCCAACACCAGAUGUCCCUGUGUUUUAUCCCUGGCGAAAUCACAACAGAAGUCGAAACCAGAUGCAAAGGGUUAAGAGAGCCUGGGUGAUUCCUCCAAUCAGUGUUUCUGAAAACAAUAAGAAAAUCCCAGUGUUACUAGUACAGAUUAAAUCAGACAAGCAGCGGCUGGGCAGCGUCAUUUAUAGUAUUAAGGGACCAGGAGUGGAUGAAGAACCAAAGGGACUUUUCUCCAUCAACAAGAAUACAGGGGCCAUGUAUCUCAAUGCUGUGCUGGAUCGUGAAAAAACUGAGCGCUUCAAGAUUCAGGCAUUUGCAGUGGACACUGGAGGGACAUCACUUGAGGAUCCUACUGACCUGGAGAUUGUGGUUGUUGAUCAGAAUGACAAUCGUCCAGUGUUCAUACAAGAUGUGUUUAGAGGGCAUGUGUUGGAGGGUACAAUACCUGGCACACUGGUAAUGACUGUAGAAGCUACAGAUGAUGAUGACCCAACAACAGAUAAUGCAGAGCUAAAAUAUUCCAUUAUUGAGCAGGAAAUUCCAGAAAUGUUCAGCAUAAACCAAAAGACUGGAGAAAUCAGGACUGUACAAGCUGGAUUGGACAGAGAGGUGGUUGGAACAUACAGACUGACGGUGCAAGUGGGCGAUAUGUAUGGAGAGGGCCUCACCAGCACUGCCAAAGCUGUCAUCACCAUAGGAGACAUCAAUGACAACCCUCCGGAGUUUGCACAGAAUGAGUACUUCAUGGAAGUGUCUGAGCACAGUAGCAAUAUUGUCAUUGGAAGGCUGAAUGUGACUGACAAGGACCUCCCCAAUUCUCCCAACUGGAAAGUGCAAUACGUCAUCACCAGUGGAGAUCCUGAAGGUCUAUUCUCUAUCCGCACAGACCCCCUGACCAAUGAAGGAAUCCUCUCUGUUGCCAAGACCUUAGAUCAUGAGGCACGAGAAGUGCAUCAACUCACAGUGUCUGCUCAGAAUGAGGUGGAGCUUAGCUCUUCAGCCCCACGUACUACACAAUCCCAAACCAAGGUAACAGUCAAAGUGCUGGAUGUGAAUGAGCCCCCAUUCUUCUGGGAGAAUCCCAAGGUUGUGAGCCUGAAAGAGAGGAGUCCCCCAGGAACUGAGCUCUGUGUCUAUACAGCUAAAGACUUAGACACCAUGGGGUCACAGGACAUCAGCUAUACUCUGAUAUCUGACCCUGCGGAUUGGUUGAUGUUGGAUACACAUUCUGGGCAAAUAAAGACCAGAUAUACACUAGAUCGAAAGUCAACUUUACUGCAUGAAGGAUGGUACACUGCCCUAAUCAUCGCUAGUGACAAUGCUGACCCCCCACUCAGCUCCACAGGGACACUGUCUGUGGAAGUGCUGGAGGUAAAUGAUCAUGCUCCUGUCCUGUGGCAAUACCCUGGGGUACUGUGCAACAAACCUCAGCAGGGCCAAGGAAUCCUGCUAAGUGCCACUGAUAAUGAUCUGCCCCCACACAGCCACCCAUUUAAAUUCAAGCUGGACCAACAGCACACAGAGCUGACACUUAACUGGAGUAUUAGCCAAAUUAACGGUACACACUCAUUACUAAAGCUUCUGGCAGAGGUACAGGAUGGGGUUCAUGUCCUCCCUCUGUGGGUGUCAGACUCUGGGGACCCUCCACUGGCCCGAGAGCAGCUGCUGAAUGUGUCUGUUUGCCAGUGUGACUCGCAGGGUAUCUGCAGGGGCAGUACAGCAGCUCUGUUCAGCUCUGGAGCAGGGAUCAGCCUGAGUGCCCUUCUUAUCAUCAUGAGCAGCGUUGCCCUCCUACUGUUGCUAGUUCUGCUGUUGCUCCUUUUCCGUUGCUCUCCGAAACGUCGCGCACAAAAAGGUCUGCUUUUUGACUCAGAGGAUGACAUACGAGACAAUAUAUUCAACUAUAACGAGCAAGGUGGAGGAGAAGAGGACCAGGAUGGCUUUGAUAUGAACCGCCUGAGAAACCCAGAGAUGUCUGAGCCACCCUCUCCCCGUCUGAAGCCUCCUAUCCGGAGAGAUGCACCCUACAGCCAAACCCUGCCAAGAUAUCCUCGUAGACCAACUAACAAACCGUCGGACAUUGCAGACUUUAUCAAUGAUGGACUGCAGGCAGCAGACGCAGACCCCAGUGUCCCACCUUACGACACAGCUCUGAUUUAUGACUAUGAAGGAGAGGGUUCAGUGGUAGGAUCUCUCAGUUCCAUCCUGUCCACUGAAGAAGACAGUGAUCAGGAAUAUGACUACCUCCAGGAAUGGGGUCCAAGAUUUCGCAGACUGGCAGAUAUGUAUAGCCAUCAGUGAUAGGCCAUUCAUAAUUGAUUCACAUUUUCAUCAUGAGACAAACAAUGUAUGGGUCAUCCAGCACUGUGUUGCGAGAAACAUUGAUCAAGGACACACCAAGGGCUACAAUUUGUUUAUAUUUUGACUUUAUGACCUGUUUUGAUAGACUUGAUAUAAACCAGAAGCAACCAGAAACUGGCCAUUCAACCAGACGUUUACCUGAGAGAAGCGCUGCUGUAGGCCUCUGUAGGCCUAAGAAUGGCGACCAAAGAAUUAUAUUGUAAAAGAGUGUGUUUACAGAAGAAAAAAGUCAAAACCAUUAUUUUAUUUGUAAUGAAAUGUUAUUUGGGACAUAGCUGGGACCAUCAGUUUUGUGACAGACAUUAGUGAGACCUGCAGUACCAUUGUGUAUAUGUUAUAGUAUAAUCAUACAACUGGAGGUUUAUGGACUUAAAGAAAGAAACAGUUAAAGUGGUAAAGACAGAGAAAGUGUAGGGGGUUAGAGGAAAGUGAGACAGGAUCUUGAGAACCAGGUGAAGCCAUGUUUUAAAGUGCAAGAGAUUGCAGAGAUUCAAAAGAGCUAAAUAUGUAUAAAAGUACAACAAUAAAUGCAUAGCAUUGAGAUUGGAAGGGUGUCAUGGAGCAUGAUGAUAUGGUGGUACAGUCAGGAAACAGUGUGCUGGGUGGGGCCACUUUGAUAACACUGGACAGAGUACUAUACUAUACAGUUUAGCUUUGUAGUGUUGUGCUUUGGGAUUCCUUAUAAUUCCACAUUUUGUAAAUAUAAUUAAAAACCUUUGGUAUGCAA